AAUUUCAUGCUUCAUGCAAAUGUAUGUUGAUAUUUUACUAGCUUAUCUCCAGUUAUCAAUGAACAGAACAUUAUCUUAAUUUAUGAUUAAAAAGUGUUUAAUCUUAUCAAUGACAUACAAUAAAAGAGGUGUAAAACAAAAGCCUGUGAUAUAAGCAGAUAUUGCUCUGGAGUAUUUAAGUAAUUUGUUACAACUAUGUGUAUUUUAUUUAUUUAUCGUAAUCCUGAUGCUGAUUGUGAGUCAUAUCGAUUGAUUUUGGUCUCAAACCGAGAUGAAGAUUUUAAACGUCCAACAUCACCAGCUCAUUAUUGGGAACACCAUCCAUUAUGUUUAGGAGGUACUGAUAUGGAGCCUGGAAAAGAAGGUGGGACUUGGCUAGCAAUGUCAUUAACAGGAAAAGCUGGUGUUGUUUUAAAUUUAUCUGAUGAAGCAAGUUCAACUAAUAUACCAAAACAAGGACGAGGAUUUUUAGUGCCUAAUUUUGUUACAACAAAUGAAUCUGCAGUUUCAUAUUUAGACAAAUUAUACAAGAAGAAUAAUGAAAAUCAAAUAUAUAAUCCUUUUAUUUUGGUUUUAAUAGAUUUACAGAAUGCAGAUGUUAAGUAUCUGAGCAGUUCUCAUAAUUCAACAGGACCUAAUUCAAGUCAAGACAAUAUCUUAGGUUUUGGUAAUAGUGGUCUUGAUAUUCCAUAUAAAAAAGUUGAAGCAGGAAAAGAAAUUUUCAAAAAUAUUGUUAAGGAUAUUAAGGUAUCAAGACAAAUGACUUUGAUUGAAGAACUUCUGAAAUUUUUGAAAUCAAAAGAAAGAUAUUUGCCAGAUCCUGAAUUGCAAAAACAUUGUUCAAAAAGAUAUAAGGAACUCAGCUCAAUCUUUGUAUCAGCUAAUGGAUAUCGUACACGAACUCAUUCUAUUUUGUUGGUUAAUGGAAACAAUGAACUAACAUUUGUUGAAGAAACACUUAUGCCGAAUUUAACAUGGAAACGUCAAAUAUUUAGUAACAAAUUAAUAGAUAAAAAUUGACAGUGAUAAUAAAAAUAAUUGUAAACGAUAUUUAUAUAGUUAAUCUUUUACUUAAUUAAUAAUUAUAUUAUUAGUUUAUAACAUUUGAUAUAAUGUUAAAUGUAAAUACAUAAUUCUUUGGACGUGUAUGAAAGUACAUGUACAAAGUACACAAAGAAGUAUUAUAAUAUAAAUUUGUUAUUAUAAAAAUAUGUUGUUUUAUACUAUUUAGGUUUAGUACAGUUAUUUUUUUAAAUCUUCUGUAUAAAAAAUAUUAUGGCACAUUUUCAUCAACAAGGUCAUCACUCGAAUCGCUUUCUAAUAUAUCUGACGAUACAUUAGUUGCAUCAUCAGCUAUAUUAGAAUUUUGUACAGAACUUUCUUCUGAUGAUAAAUUCUAAAAA